CACGCGCGUGAAGCCGCAGACACGCACAUCGCAGCCCGUGUUUUUGCGGGACGCCCCGUUUUCAGCCUUGUCCAAACGACGCACGCCGCCUCCGGCGGUGCUGCUCCGGUUCCGGACGGACUCCCCUCCCCGUCGCCGCGCAGUGGUUCGGUCCAGCCGGCGUUCCGUCGCUGUCGACCCGCCGCCCGCCCGCGCGCAGACGGAGCUUCGCCGGUACCGGAGCGCACGCGGAGCCUCGCCGCCUUCACGCUGCUUCACCUGCGCGGUCUGUCCAUUAUCUCACUCCCAGUCGCCCUCUCAGCCUCCGCCUCGGCCCAUUUCUCCAGCAUGUCGCUGAAGGUCCAGACCAGUAACGUGACCAACAAGACCGAUCCCAAGUCCAUCAACUCCCGCGUGUUUAUUGGCAACCUCAACACAGCCGUGGUGAAGAAGUCGGACGUGGAGAGCAUCUUCUCCAAGUAUGGCCGGGUGCUGGGCUGCUCGGUGCACAAGGGCUACGCCUUCGUCCAGUACGCCAGCGAGAGGCACGCCAGGGGAGCCGUGGUCGGGGAGAACGGCCGGGUUCUGGCUGGACAGACGCUGGAUAUCAACAUGGCAGGAGAACCCAAGCCGAGCCGAGCCAAGGGCCUGAAGCGGUCGGCGGCGGCUCUUUACAGCGGCUACGAGUUUGACUACGACUGCUACAGAGAAGACUUCUAUGACAGGCUCUUCGAGUAUCGGGGCAGAGUGUCUCCAGUUCCCCGGGUGGUGCCCGUCAAACGCCCUCGAGCAGCGGUGCCUCUGGUGCGACGGGUCAAAUCCCUGCCAGUUCAGCUGCUGGCGCGCAACGCCUCCAUCCUUCCCACCAGCAACGGCAGCAAGCAGAGAUCCGUCAGAGGCACCGAACUCCAGGCCAUAAAGUCGGAGCUGACUCAGAUUAAAGCCAACAUCGAAGCUUUACUGGGACGACUGGAGGAGAUCACAGAAGACGCUCACAUCAGCAGCGCAGAACUCAGGACGGCCGACGAGUGUAAAAGCGAGGAGUCGUGGCAGGAAGGAGACGAGUGGAGGUCAGAGCCGGAGGACGAAGAGGAGCACAGACAGAACAGUGAGGAAGAGGAGGAGGAGGAAGAGGAGGGAGAACACACGCAGCACGAAGCCCACAACUACACGGAACACAGUGGCCUCUCAUCGGAGACGGACGCCAUCCACCCUUGAGAGGUCGUUCGGACUCUGGAUGAAGCGUCAGACGAGGAAAGAAAGACUUGGACUCACUGAACCGGACACGGAACCAGGACGUGCUUCAGACCCGAAGGGGACGCAAACACACACGCACAAACACACAGCAGAGAGACAAAGCCACAGGGCGAUGCUAAAACAGCAGGCUGCUGCCAGAACAUCAUUACCGAUGACUUACACUCAGCACCACGAGCGCCGAGCGCUGGAGACGGACCGGACGCUGAGCGGCACCGCAGGGAGGGGUGAAACAGCAGGCUGCUGUCAGAAGCAUCUACGGUCCACGCCUCACGCUCAAACAGCCUCCACCCGCAUCUGUCUGCUGGAGGCUCCGGCGUUCCCCUGACCCUCACCCGUAUUGACCCGCACAGACCCGCACCGACCCGCACAGACCCGUACUGACCCGCACCGACCCACACUGACCCACACUGACCCGCACCGACCCGCACUGACCCACACCGACGCCCUCCUGACCCACACUGACCCGCACUGACCCACACUGACCCGCACUGACCCGCACUGACCCACACUGACCCGCACUGACCCGUACUGACCCACACCGACGCCCUCCUGACCCACACUGACCCGCACUGACCCACACUGACCCGCACUGACCCGCACUGACCCACACUGACCCGCACUGACCCGUACUGACCCACACUGACCCACACUGACCCGCACCGACCCACACUGACCCACACUGACCCGCACCGACCCGCACUGACCCACACCGACGCCCUCCUGACCCACACUGACCCGCACAGACCCGCACCGACCCGCACUGACCCACACUGACCCACACUGACCCACACUGACCCGCACCGACCCGCACUGACACGCACAGACC